AUGGAUAUCGACAUGAGCCGUCGCAACAAGGUCCCGCGCCCUCUGUCCGACUCCGAACGGGGUCGAUUGGACGAGUUCAUCGACUCCAUCCACUACUCGGCACGCAGGGACCGCAUGGAACUGACCCAGUCCUCCGCAUCUAGGUAUUCCGACAGCGAAUUCGAGUACCGUCAUGUGCAGCUCCCCAAGGCCAUGCUCAAGGCUAUCCCCAAAGAUUACCAUGAUGCCAGCCACGGAACGUUGAAGCUGCUUUGGGAGGAGGAAUGGCGCGCACUUGGUAUCACUCAGAGUUUGGGCUGGGAGCAUUACGAGGUUCAUGAGCCGGAGCCGCAUAUUUUGCUGUUCAACCCCCUCAGUGAUUCGAGAAGCGAGGCGAAUUCCUUGUUACCCUGCAAACGCGGAACACAUGCCCGCCUCCCGCUCCGCAGAUUUCCUGUGUGGGCAACGCUUUCAACGACACGAAUGACGGCCAUUGAUGACGGAAGCUUUCUCUAG